ACUGAGAAGAUUCAAUGGUCUCACUUGAAUCAGGUAGCAGCUGAGUCUGAGUAUUUUCAGGGAAACAACAAGAACAGAGUUUCAUAGAGAAACAUCUCAACACUUUUUAUCCUUUUUUUUGUAUUUCCAUCAUUCUCAUGCUCAUUUUCACCAUCUUCAUCAUCAUUAUCAUGAUUCCUUUUUAAUCUUCAUCUACUUUAUCUCGUUUCUCGUUACUUUUUCUUUCCUUUUCAUCUGAAAAGUUUUCAACGAAAAAAAAUGUUCACUUCUCUUUUCAACUGAAACAAACACUUUUAACCCUUCUUUUGCCAACUAAACACAAAAAGUGUUAUCAUAAUCAUCAACUGGAGCAUUACACAGGAUAAAUUUUUGUUCAUCUCAAGUUGUUCAAUAAUUUACUGUUCAACUUUUGCUUCUUCAGUUCUGUUUAUCAACUAAAAAUUCCAUUUGGAUUUGAAACAAUUUUCCAUUUUUUCCAUGAGUUGCGAUUCCCUCAAAUGAGAGAAGAUUCAAGUGAAAACAUGUCUUUGUUAGCCAAUUAUCGAGCCACUCGUGGUGAAGCCAAUGAUGGAUAUCGAAGCAGUUCAAGGGAACCAAACUGUUUUACCUUUAACCAAUCAUUACAGCAACCCUUUAGUACAUCAUCUUACUUCUCAACAGGCUCAUCAUCAAUCUCCCAACCAGGCUCAUCAUUAACCUCAACUCCUGCUGCAACACCAUCAGACUGUUCACCAGAAAACCAGAGAAACACUUGUAAACCCAUGUUAACCAAUUCAUGUAAACCUUUACCCUUAACCAUAACCAUAAUGCUGAUACUAUCAUUGGUUGGUGUAAUCACUUUUACCAAACACCACUCAUCACCAUCAUCAUCAUCAAUUGAACACUUGCACUCGGUAUCAUCUGAAUCGCUUCAGGGUUCACCUGAUCUUUCAUCACCCAUCAAUGAAAGUCUUGCUGUACAAACAGAGUGCGGUAAAUACAUUGGUUUAACCAAAGACGAAGGUUACAUUUUCAAGGGGAUACGUUAUGGUGUAGCUCCAAUUGGUUCACUUCGGUGGUCAUCAACUCAACCCAUUUGGGUUGAUUCAGCUUAUUGUGAUGCAAAGAGUCAAAAAAGAGCAACCAAAUUUGGUCCUUCUUGCUUUCAAAUUAACCCUUAUACCAAAAAAUAUCAAGGAUCAGAAGAUUGUCUUUUUUUGAAUGUUUGGACACCAACAUUAAAUGACUCGGCUAAUUUGAAUGUCAUGGUCUGGAUCCAUGGAGGAUUCCUGCAAUUUGGAAGUGGUCAUGAUCCUGGGUUACGUCCUUCUGCACAUCUAGCUGUUUCAAUGAACACGGUUUUUGUCUCAUUAAAUUAUCGUUUAUAUGCCUUAGGAUUUUUGAAUCUUGCUGAUUUACCAAGUGUCAGAGCUAAUGAUUUAAAAUCAAUUACUGGCAACUAUGGUUUAUCUGAUCAACUGGUUGCUCUUCAAUGGAUUCAACGUAAUAUUGCCAAAUUUGGGGGAUCACCUCAAAAGAUAAUUACCUUUGGUCCAGAUGCUGGUGCUGCAUCCAUUUUGGCUCAUCUUACCAACCCAAAGGCUUCUCAGUAUAUUUCCAAAGCAUGGUUAAUUGGUCCAACGUUGUUUCUCAAUCGUACAGCUGACUCUUUAAACCACAUUCAACAUUUUGUGAAUCGCACUGGAUGUGAGAAUAUCGAUUGCUUGAGAAACUUGUCUCCUGAAAAGAUAACACAAUGUUGGCUUGGAGAUAAUGACCCAUCAUUUAGGAUUAUUGAUCAAAAUGAUUUACCUAUCAUAGGUAUCUAUCCUGAACAACUUAUCCAUGUUGAUGGUUCAUUAAUUACGGACUGGUUACCUUUCAAUAAGAUGGAAUCCAUCAAUCAAGUUCCCUUGUUGGUUGGAACUGCAGCUCAAUCAAUUGAACUCUGGCCUGGCAUUGAACAACUACGUAAUUGGACUUGGAAUGAGUACAAGAAAUAUGUGACAACGAGCUUGGACAGUUUUGGUCCUAAUUUAGCCGAAUUAACAUUACAACUUUAUCCGAUUCCCGAAAAAUCAACACCAGAAAGUAACACAACCGAAAGUGAAUUAUACUUAGCGCAAUACAAUUCCAGCUAUAAUAAUGAUAGUAACACUAUUAAUAGCAAUAAUAUCAACACUAAUAAUCUUAAUAUUAAUAGUAAUAACAAUAUUAACACUAGUAAUGAGAAUAAUUUAACACCAGAAUUAUUAUAUGCAACAAUGGUUUCUGAUAUUAGACAAAAUUGUCCAGUAGAUGCUGUUUUUGAGCAAUUAUCCAAAAAAUGGAAGAAUAAUAUUUAUCGUUAUAUAAGUUCUGGUGAACCUUCGUGCCCUAUUCGUGUUUAUGAAUAUGAGAGUCAAUUCAGUUUCCAUUUAUGGGAUGCAAUUGUAUUCUUUGAUACAAUUAACCAAUUCAUUCAUCAUCCAAGCUCUGAUGAUCUUAAUUAUCGUGAUAUUGUUCAAGAAAUGGUUAAAAAUUUUGUUACAAAUAACAGACAACUUCUCCCUAAACCUUAUCCAGAAUCAGUUUCUAUCCUAUCAGUAAUUAAUCAAACAACUGUACCAUCUUAUUCAAUGGAAAGAUGUAAAUUCUGGAAAAAACAAGGAUUGAAUUCAUAUGUUUGGACUGGCUAAUCAUGAAAUAAUUUCAAUCUUCACCAUCGCCAUUCAUUUGUUUUUAUUAUGUUUAAAUAAUCUUUUCUGUUAUGUUUCUAAUUUUCAUUUAUUGUACAGUUGAAAAACUCUCGUACAUUGUACAUCAAAUCAUGUAACAAUAAAAAGGAAACAAAUUUUUGUAAUAUAAUGAUUAAAAUAAACUCUUUCUCCAUUUAAUUUUACAAUUUAA